AUGGAGACCCCUAGUAACAACUCCAGUAAACCCCGCCUGGAGGCCAUGGCUACUUUAGCCAAGCUUCAGGCUCGGUCGUCGUUUCUAGAAACUCAGUACUACUUUAGGAACCGUGCGGUUGACGCAUUCAGGAAGAAAGAGAAUGAUGCAGCUGUGGCAAUCCAGAGCUGGUUCCGUGGCUGCCAGGUCCGGGCGUACAUCAGGCACUUGAACAGGGUAGUGACAAUUAUGCAAAAGUGGUGGAGAAGUUACUUGGGCAGAAAGCAGUACCAACUUAUUGUUGAGGCAGCGUAUUAUAAUAUGAAGAUGAAUCUCUACAAUGAAAUGGCUGUCAGGAUUCAGAGACGAUGGCGUGGCUUUAGGAUCCGGAAAUACUGCUUUAAUUAUUAUUAUUUGAAGGAAUACUUGAGAGCUGUUUCAGAGACCAAUGAUGCAAUUAGGGAGGCUCUGGAGGAGUUUGCAGAGAUGAAAGAGAGAGAGGAGAGGAAGGCUCGCCUGGAACGGGAAGAGAAGCUCAGAGACCAGCAAGCCCGCAAGAUGCAUUACCUGCUCAGCACAAAGCAGAUUUCAGGUGUAUACAAUUCACCUUUUCGAAAACACCCUGACCCAUGGGAGCUGCGGUUACAGAAGGCAAAGCCUUUAGUGCAUCAACCGUCCACCUCCAUGAAGACCAAGUCCCACCUUAGCUUCAGCAACUGGCUGGCAUGCACCAGCGCCCGCUCCUUCCCUCACUCAGCAAGUCUGCCACCUAUCGACAGGAAGCGGUGUCAGGGACCCUUCCGAGACAUCAAUGAAGUCCUGCAUCAGCGUUACAAGCCUUUGGAGCCAACCCUGAGAGUGGCAGAACCCAUCAACCACUUACAGCUGGCUAGAGAGGCACUUAGGCAAGAGGAACGGAUGCUCAACGUGAGCGACAAGAUGUUUUUGCCAUUUUCCUCCUACCAUAAAAAUGAGAAGUACAUCCCAAUGAUACACACAUCAAGCAAGUACAAUGGUAGCUCUUAUGGACAGAAGCACUUCCGCAGUCAAGACCCUAAAAAGUGGAUUGGUGUCAAGGAUUUUCAGACAGUUCUACCAUCGUUUGACCUCUUCUCAAAAUAUGGAAAAUUAUACUCGAAAGCUGGACAAAUUGUAUAAAGGUAUGC